AUGUCUACGUAUAUAUCGAGACCUUCACCUCCCGCGAAUCUCAGCAGACCGCGAAGCACCAUGUCACACUUCACGACUUGUUUGCAUAACUGGGCGACGAUUGGGCAGAAGAUCCCCUUAAAAGCGUCAUGCCCGUGGACUGGCGUUGCAGGAAAUCAGAUAUCAGGCACCACUUUACACUCGCUGCUUCACCUCCCGAUCAACAAGGACUUCAGGCCGCUCUCCGCCAUCGAUAAGGCCCAGCUCCAGAAGAAGCUGAAGGAUAUUCAGUACCUGAUCAUCGACGAGAAAAGCAUGCUGGGACUGCGCCAGCUAUCCUGGAUCGACGACCGUCUCCGCGAGGCAUUUCCGCAUAGGAACGAGGAGUUCUUUGGUGGACUCAAUAUUCUUUUGGUGGGCGACUUCUUUCAGCUUCCUCCUGUUCUACAGCAGCCGCUUUAUUACGAUAAAGAAGUGCAGGGAAUAGAGAUCAAGGGCAGGAACGCGUAUAUGCGCUUCGAUAAGACCGUCUUUCUGAGCGUUGUUCAGCGGCAGUGCGGCGAUGACCAGGCGGCCUUUCGCAAGGCUCUCGGGGAACUUCGGCUGCUCCAACUAUCCCACGAGUCCUGGAAACUUCUCUCCGGCCGCGUGCAGGCAAAGCUAGACGAUCAAGAGGUUGCCAGGUUCGCCAACGCCCUACGGGUAUACGCCACGAAAGACCGGGUGAACGAAUAUAAUCACUACCACCUUGACCGCCUCAGCCGACCAGUCAUCCAGGUCAUCGCUACGAACGUCGGCCCCGGCGCGGCUGCUGCUCCGGCUUUGCCAAUCCACUCUUAA